AUGGCCAACAUCACGAAUCAAGAAAUGGCGACGAGCGCACCAUCUUCGAGCACGAAGCGGAAACCUCAGGAAUCCAGUUCAACCAUUCAUUUCACCUCGCGCAACCCGCCCUGGACCUAUCUCAAGCUUCAACUCAUUCCGCAGCCAGAUGCCUCAUCUCUGCAGCCUCUUGAUGCCUUAUCGGCUCGCACAUACCUCUCCUCCGCGCUCUCCCAAUUCCUCGGACUCACAGGAACCGCCAUUCCAAUCGAUAUCCUCAAAAUUGGGAACGAUGCCACACCAAAGAGCGCAGAGAAGCAGAGCUUACCCCCCAGCAUGACGAAAAAAUAUGACUGCGCGUGGAUACGCGUACCGCGCGAGGAUUCCGCUGCUGUUGUCGCGGCGCUCAGCUCGUGGAUUGGCGGAAGUAGCAGCGGAAGUGGUGCCAAUGUCGCAUGGAGAGUCUGCGCGAAGGGUAACUACCUGGGCGCUUUGGUUGCUGGUUCUGGGAAAGAUUUGUUCAUUCCUUGA